AUGUCUGCCAAGCUUCGGGGAAUACUCUCGGCUUUGCAACGGGUACGGACGACGGAACGCCCGGAGAAUCAGCUCGUGGGUCAUAUCGUGCCGCCUGGGACAUUCAUGAUUGAGGAGCCGGUGGUCGGAUGGCUAGUCCGAUCAAUAGAAAAUAGUCGCGAGAAGGUUAAGUUGGAAAUCAUGGGCCGUCCAAGCCGGCGCCUGAAGGUGUUGUGGCCUAAGGCAUGA